AGGCCUGCAACCAUCGAUGAAGUGGCUCACCAAACUGAAGUAGUUUCUGUCCUUAAAAAGUGCCUUGAAGGAGCUGAUGUAUUUUUUCAUGUUGUUUUAUAUCUACUAGCUACCAAACCUUCUGUUUUAUGGCCGCCCUGGGACGGACCUCUUUACUCUGAACGUGUCCUUGAGCUGAAUGCUAGUGACGAACGCGGAAUUAAUGUAGUUAGAGAAAAAGUAAAGGCAUUUGCUCAUCUCGCGGUAAGCCAUGCCAACCUAGGAAAACCAGGGGCGCUUCCACCGUACAAAUUAAUUAUUUUGGACGAAGCCGAUUCAAUGACUGCACCUGCCCAGGCUGCUCUUCGACGAACUAUGGAAACAGAAACUCGGACCACUCGAUUUUGUCUUACCUGUAAUUAUGUCACGAGGAUAAUUGACCCGAUUACUAGUCGCUGUGCAAAAUUUCGUUUUCGUCCUUUGGAUAAUGAAGCGGCGAAAGAUCGACUAAGAUAUAUUGCUGACGCUGAAAAUAUUUGCGUAUCGGACGAGGCUCUAAUGAGCUUAUUAAACAUUUCUCGAGGCGAUUUGCGUUCAGCCAUCACAUUGCUUCAAAGUGCAGCUCGUCUCUAUCUUCCCUUUGCUUCUGAUCCGAUAAAUAGCGACCGAGCUGGUGACCCCAAAUACGAGUCCUCAAUAAAUGAGCUAACUAGACACGAGUUCGAAGAGGUUGCUUCGGUCAUUCCACAGAAAUACAUUGAUACUAUCGUAAAGAUGGCUAAAACGAUGAUUUUUGAAAAGGUCCAGUCGGCUAUCAAGGUAUGUUUCAGUCUCAUAUCUUUUCGUGCAUAA